AUGCCGCUUUUUCAUUAUAUACUUUCACAACCUGUUGUAGAUAUCAAUAAUACUGGGAAUACUAAAAACACCCGAACAAAUAUGCAAACUUCUUUGAAUAAACUACGAAGAUUGUAUAAAUUUGGUCUACAUUUUCAAGAAACAGCUUUAGCUAUUCGUCAUGCUUUAAAACCUCCUUGUGUUUGUUCUUAUUGUGACACCAAGCUUUUUUCAGGUGAAACUGAAGGAAUAUGUUACGUUAGCGGGAAAAUUAAAUUGGCUUCAACUGAACAUGCUGCACCUUUAAGGAAUUUAUUUAUGAAACUUGACGAAAUGGGAAACAAAUUCCAUGUUAAUAUUCGUGCUUAUAAUAGUGUUUUUACUUUCAUGUCUAUGGGAGUCAAGAUAGAUAAUACUCUUGCUAAUAGCAAGGACAGAGUAUAUACAUUUCAGUUUCAUGGUGGAAUAUAUUACUCUAUAGGGUCUCUUCUUCCGGAUAAUGAAACACCAAAAUUUCUUCAGUUAUACAUUUAUGAUACUGAAAAUGAAAUGGAAAACAGGCUUACUAUAAUGCCUAAGCUUCGUCAUGAUACUCUGGAUAUUAUCAAAUUGAUAUUAGAUGAAUUUAAUCCAUUUGUUGCUAAUUUUCGCUCAAUUGCCUCCAAUAAUGCUAUAAAUAACCUUCAACUUAUUAUUAAGGCAGAUCAUGACAUGGAUCAAUAA